AUGUCUUUGGUUGCUUUAGGAGAAAUUCCCGACGCCGUGAACAAACUCCGGCUUGAUUUCGUUGCUCGUCCGCGCAAGUCGCACGCAUUCAUAAAGGCCCAGCUGCUCUCCCUGAAAGACGCCCUCCAGAAACAUCAGGACAGCAUCGUUUCGGCAUUACUCCACGAUUUCCACCGCUCGUCCCAGGAGACCCUGGUUACCGAGUUUGGCCCGCUGCUGAGCGAGAUCUCCUAUCUGGCCGGUAACCUCUCGUCGCUGCUUGCUCCGGAAACUCCCGACGCAAUGCCCAUUGCGUUCAGCGUCGCCUCGUGCAAGAUCGAGAAGGAGCCCCUGGGCACAGUUCUGGUGAUUUCGCCCUUCAAUUUUCCGCUCUCGCUUUCCCUGAGCCCUGUUGCAGGCGCAAUUGCAGCCGGAAACAACGUUGUGCUCAAGUUGCCGGGAGACAAGUGUCCCGAGUUCUGCAAAGUGCUCUCCCGCGUUCUUGCCGAGGCUCUGGAUCCGGAAAUACUGGUGGUGGUUACCGGCGGGCUCAAGGAGGCCCAGGCGGUGCUUGAGCAGAAGUACGACAAGAUCGUGUUCACAGGCUCGACCGCGGUGGGGAAAAUUGUGCACGCCAAGGCGGCGGAGUCGCUGACUCCGACGCUGCUGGAGCUGGGCGGAAAGUCGCCAGCAUUCAUCACCGCCGGCUGUCCAAACAUCCGGACGGCGCUCGCAAGACUUUUCUGGGGCAAGUUCUGCAACGCGGGCCAGGUCUGCGUGGCGCCAGACUACUUGCUCGUCCAGGACUCCGUGUACGACCAGGUGGUGGCAGAAAUGGUGGCUGUGCUACAAAAAACGUACCAAGUCUCGGAAGCCUCAGACUACACGCAUCUGGUCGACAGCAACUCUUUCAACCGUCUGGCGGGCCUGCUGGAGAAAACACGGGGCAAGCUGCUAUUUGGGGGCGCGCGGGACCGGGAAACAAAUUUCGUGGCCCCAACAGUGGUCACGGACGUCGACUGGGACGACCCGCUGAUGCAGUCGGAAAUAUUUGGCCCUAUUUUGCCCGUGCUCAGGUACUCGUCGCUGGCAGAAGCCGUGCAGACUGUUCAGCAGCACCACGACACGCCGCUGGCUACGUACAUUUUCUCCGACAAGCAGGAAGAGGUCCAGCUGGUGGACAGUAUCCGGUCGGGAGCUCUUUCGGUCAACGAUACCGUGGUGCAUGCCGGCAUCCAUACGUGUCCGUUUGGCGGUGUCGGGACGUCUGGAAUGGGCAAUUACCACGGCAGGUACUCGAUCGAGUCGUUCACACACAGGAAGGUGGUUUUGAAACAGCCGUACUGGUACGAGGUGGCCCUGAAAGACAGAUAUGCUCCGUACUCCGCUGCCAAGAGCAAUUGGCUGAUGUUUGUCUACAGGCUUCCCAGCAUCAGAAGGGUGCGCCAGAGCGACCUGGUCACGGUGCUGGUUGUUGUGCUGGCCGGGCUCGUUGGCUACUUUAUAGGAAAGCGGUAG